CGCAAAGCUGCUGUCAAGGAGCUCAUGGACAACGUGGAGGGCCUGCGCAAUGACAUGGCCCAGAAGCAUUCGGCCGCAAAAAGCAGCGAAUCUAUGCGCUCAGCGGGGCACAGCUCCACCGCGGCCGACACGGGCAAGGGCGGCAACAGUAUUCGCAUCAUCGACUACCCCUUCAAUGUUACAGAGCAGGUGCCCGCCGCGGUGGAUAUGGGCGCGCGCUUCGUGCAUGAUGCCGAUCUAAACUGGGCGGUGCCCUUCAUGUUGCGCGCCGGGCGGGAGUUCAUCGAUGGUUUGCGGGGCGACGCGUUGCUCGGAGAGGCUCGGCCACAACUGCAUGUCGAUGAGGGCAAGAACUUGGGGGCGAAGCUCACGGGGGCCAUCCGGGCACUGGGCAAGCCGAAGGACUAUGUUCCCGCCCUCGACGAGGCGAGCGUCAAUUUAUUGGAUUCGCCUGCUGAUCAGAAGAAGUGGAUGAUGCAACCAAGUGUUUCCGGUAUCGGCAGCAAGUCCUAUUAUGCGUGCUCAGAGUUCCUCUCUAUGGGCUGUCUUCGCCUGCAGUUCGACGGCGCUCGCCGCGUGGCCAUCGUGCCAUAUGACAAGUUGCGUGCCAUGUGCCUCGAAUAUCAGGGGAUCCCGCCUGGCUCCAACAACAUCAAGUACGACUCG